AUGGAGACGGGAAACGGGAAUUCCGCGUUGCUUACACGCAGUGAAACGCGAAUACUUCGAAGGCUUCAGUUGAAGAAACUUCAGGCAUACGAAGCUAUCGUAAAGUUCGAAAAGUUAUCGUGCGCUCAGCUGUUUUCUCUAGAGCCUACACAAUAUCUAUGCUUGGUAAAUGUUUGUUCCGGUGGAGUUGGCAGUGUUACAACAGAACAAUUAUCAGAAAUAUUUAGUUCGUUCGAGGGUUAUACAGAAUUGAGAUUAAUACACGGAAAGCCCUAUUCGUUUGUUUUAUUUGAUUCAGCUUCAGCUGCUCUACAUGCUCGAAAUUCACUUCACGAAAAGCCUUGUGAGUUAUUAAAUGGAAAGGCGAUCUUUAUAGAGUUCGUGAAUUUGAACUAUCAAAAUUUUAUGAGACAAAUUGAGCUCUCGGUCAAAGAAUGUAUUCCCGGUUUACAUUUGUCGGAGGAAUUCAUAUCAGAAGAAUUAGAAGAAACCAUCUUGAAAAAUAUUCAUUCUGCCAAUACGUGGAUACCCGUGCAACAUCGAAAAGCGAUGCAUUUUGGGCAUUCCUACGAUUACGAUUCGAACCAAGUCGGCGCACCGUCUCCCGAAUUUCCAUAUUACAUGCACCCCCUUCUGAACAAACUAAAGACAUGUUAUCCCUCUGUGCCUGUAAUGGAACAACUCACAGUUCAGUAUUAUCCAAUCGGAACCGGAAUUCCUCCUCAUAUCGAUUGUCAUUCAUCAUUCGGAGAAUACAUCGUAGCAUUUAGUCUCGGAAGUUCGGUCAUCAUGGAAUUCAAAAAUGUAAAAACUGGAAAUGUGAUCAACAUAGACCUGCCAAACAGGUCCCUGCUAAUUCUUUCCGAAGAGGCACGAUAUGCUUGGAGUCAUUCAAUUCGUGCACGAAAAAGUGAUCAAUUGGAAAAUGGACAGGUCAGGAGACGGGGUCAGAGAAUCUCGUUGACACUUAGAACGAUCAACCCGGGAAGGAUUUGCAAGUGUUCAUGGAUAGAUCUGUGUGACAAAAAUGUUGCUCACCUGGAAUCAAACCAUUUUCCAAAAACUCUUGUUCCCUUUAUCCCUAGAAGUAAAAAUAAGAGAGCGGCAUAG